CUGGAAAACAGUAACAGAGUGGAGUGACACAUCUUGAGUAUAUACGAUCUUUGCUGCAGCGCAACUACGCCCUUCAGUUCCGCCCAAAAGGGAAAUGACGCCGGCGCAGAAAAUGGCGUCCGCAAAGCUAGUGGACCGCUGUGGUUUGUUACCCGUUUAAUUCAGCGCCGAGUGGGGGGUCUCUUCGUCUGGCUGCUGGGCGACACUAUGGCGGAGCACCGCCGCCGUCCGCUUUCUUGACUCCGGAAUUGAACCCGCAACUUCAUGUCCGAAGGAGCCAGAGCUGCCUGGUCGAAGAGGGGUUGUGGGGAUUCGCACCGCCGAGAACCAGGGAAACAUAAACACAGGAAAUGCGAGCGGCCCCUUAGCGCUCAGCCAUCAAAGCCUGUGAUUGUACGCCCGGGCUCCAAAAGGUGUGUUAUGUCGGGGGCGGAUGUGGAGGUGUACCUGUCCCAGGUGCACGAUGGGAGCGUGUCGUCGGGCUUCCGGGCGCUGUACGAGGAGCGUCUGCUGCUGGAUGUCACGCUGUUGAUAGAGGAGCACCACUUCCAGGCCCACAAGGCGCUGCUAGCCACCCAGAGCGACUACUUCCGGGUCAUGUUCACAGCUGACAUGAGGGAGAGGGACCAGGACAAGAUCCACAUGAAGGGACUGACAGCAGCAGGGUUCGGCCACAUUCUCCGAUUCAUGUACUAUGGCUCGCUGGAGCUCAGCAUGCCCACCGUCCAAGAGAUCCUACAGGCGGCCAUGUACGUCCAGCUCACGGAGGCGGUGGAGUUCUGCUGCUCCUUCCUGCUGGCCAAGAUCUGUCUGGAGAACUGCGCCGAGGUCAUGCGCCUCCUGGAGGACUUCAGCGUGGGGGUGGAGGGCGUCCAGGAGCAACUCGAUAACUUCCUACUUGAUAACUUUGUCCCUCUCAUGAGCCGACCCGACUUCCUGUCCUACCUCAGCCUCGAGAGACUGCAGGCGUACCUGAACAGCGAUGCUCUGAGUCGCUUCCCAGAAAUUGAACUAUACGAAGCCGUGCAGGCGUGGCUGCGACAUGACCGGCGGCGCUGGAGACACACGGACACCAUCGUCCAGUCCAUCCGCUUCUGCCUCAUGACUCCUGCCAACAUCUUUGAGAAGGUGAAGACAUCAGAGUUCUACCGCUACUCCAGACAGCUUAGGCAGGAGGUGGACCAGGCGCUCAGCUACUUCCAUGAUGUCAACCAGCAGCCUCUGGUGGAGACGCGCUCCAACCGCAUCCGCUCCGUCCGCCCGCAGACCGCCGUCUUCAGGGGAAUGAUCGGUCACAGCAUGGUCAACAGCAAGAUCCUGCUGCUGCAGCGGCCCAAGAUCCCUCAGGUGUGGUGGGAGCUGGAGGGACCUCAGGUGCCGCUGCGGCCGGACUGCCUGGCGAUCAUCAACAACUUUGCCUUCCUGCUGGGCGGAGAAGAGCUGGGGCCCGACGGAGAGUUUCACGCCUCCUCCAAGGUCUACCGCUACGACCCUCGUCAGAACUCCUGGCUACGCAUGGCUGACAUGUCUGUGCCGAGGUCAGAGUUUGCCGUGGGCGUCAUCGGCAAGUUUAUUUAUGCGGUGGCGGGCCGCACGCGAGACGAGACCUUCUAUUCCACAGAGCGCUACGACAUCACGGAGGACCGCUGGGAGUUUGUGGACCCGUAUCCUGUAAACAAAUACGGUCACGAGGGAACGGUCCUCAACGGUAAACUGUACAUCACUGGCGGUAUCACCUCCUCGUCCACCUCUAAACAGGUGUGUGUGUUCGAUCCGGGGCGGGAAGCGGGAGGUGGUGGGGGAGGAGGAGGAGGAGGAGGGAGCUCGGGCGGGUCGGACGCACACAGGACACGCGCCGGCCGAGGCCCGCUGCUGCCCGGCACGCACGCCAGCUGCUGGGAGAACAAAUCCAAAAUGAACUACGCCCGUUGCUUCCACAAGAUGAUCUCUCACAACGGGAAGCUGUACGUGUUCGGAGGGGUGUGCGUGAUCCUGCGGGCUUCCUUCGAGUCGCAGGGCUGCCCGUCCACCGAGGUGUACGACCCGGAUACAGACGAGUGGACCAUCCUCGCCUCCAUGCCCAUCGGGCGCAGCGGCCACGGGGUGGCAGUGCUGGACAGACAGAUCAUGGUGCUGGGCGGCCUGUGUUACAACGGCCACUACAGUGACUCCAUCCUCACCUUCGACCCCGACGAAAACAAGUGGAAGGAGGACGAGUAUCCCAGGAUGCCUUGCAAACUGGACGGUCUGCAGGUGUGCAGUCUGCACUUCCCAGAGUAUGUGCUAGAGCACGUGAGACGCUGCAGCUGAGGUCUGCUCCACACCGAGCCUCCUUUUUUAUUAGAAACUGGAAUGCACUGCUCUGGACCGGAGUCUCCAGGUGUUUACAGCUGGGAGACUGCUGACGAGCAGGCUUUUAAACUAGAGACCAGCACUUACCUAAGGUGAGGGAAAAGAUGGCCGACACGCCGGGGCCAUAGAGUCGCUGUUCUUAAUGAAGGCGGUCGGGAGCGUGGCGUGCAGGGAGACGCCACAUGUUAACGCAGCAGCACUGCAUGUGGCUAAUGCAAGGAUGCUUCGAGAACAGUCUUUCUUCCAGUGUAAACUGACCAGAUUGCCAAGAAGUAGGGGUUUAAUAAAAAAAAUCAGCAAACGCAUAGUGGAAAUAUAAAAGAAAAUUACAUAGAUCUUGCAGAUUAACAGGCACAUUUUAAAGGAGAAUACUGGUGUCUUUUUUUUUUAAAGUUGCAUCUCAGCCUACAAUGACUUUUCAUGUCCCCGUAUGCAAACGUUACCAGAUGUUUCCUCGUUUCUUAAACUUGUUUGUAGGUGGCAUGUCUGUGAGGGAUCAAACUCCAGUAUUAUCCUUUAAUUCACUGUUUGUUGUACCGGCGAUGUCCCUUUUUAUCCAAACACAACCUGAGCUUACAGUGUUCAUGCGAUGCAACGUGGGUUUGUCUCUUUUUUUUUUUUUUGGAGGGAGGGGGGGCGGGGGGUCUUUAACACUUUGUGGCACUGGUAGAUACGACUUCACUGUCAUAACGGAGAUAUAAAUGCAUCCAUAAAAAGCCAAAAAAAACCUGGUCAGCAGACGCUAAAUGAUAAUACAGAACACUAAAGGGAUUUUUUUUUUUUUCAAGCUGUAUUUCAUAUUUUUUAAACAUUUUUAUUGUUGUUUAAAUGUAUUAGAUCGGUUCACAUUUUGCAGGUUCAACAUUUCACAUUCUUCUUUUGUUCAUAAAAUGUUUUUUUUUCCCAUUUAUGCACCUUUUUUACUGUUUUUUCUGUCUUUUUUCUUUAUUUUUACACGUCUGCUACCUUUUUAAAAAUGGUGUCACACAUGUUUGACACAGCAGUGAUCACAGUGUCAGAGGCAGGUCUGGCUGGGAAACGGGCCUCUAACUCCACGUCCCUUUACGUCUCUUCUGUGUCGCUGCGCUUCUGCGGCUGACAUCAUCAUCAUCAUCAUCAUCAUCACAUCCCGCCACUCUGCAGUCUUCUCGCUGCUCCUCCUCCUCCUCCUCCUCCUCCUCCUCCUCCUCCUCCUCUCAUGUUGCUGUUUUAAAAGAAGAAAUUGUGUAAACGAUAAAAGUACUACUGUCCUGAUUUGAGGCACAUUCAGUCAUAGCGCAGCAUCCUUUAGUCCACCAGUCUUCAGUCUGUCAGUAGGAAAACAGAAUAGAGGAUUUAAAAAAAAAAAAAACAUACCUUGCUACUACGACUGUAUCCGAAAAAGAAAGUAAAAAUCAGAUUAACAUAUCUUAUAAUCUGAGUAGAAACUCUUUGGAAACGAUUUGUAACUUCUUUCCAGAAAUAAAUGUUCAUAUUGGUCGACUUUCA